GAUAAGAGGCAGCUUCAACGGCAUCAGCGGGUGAUGCAGUCUCACUCACACCUCUCUUCACACAUGCUACGAUUAAUUUCGCCAGUACUUCACCAUUCCACUUCGAGGAAUUUUGAGCAAGCUCCAGAAACUCGGCCCUGAAGGCUCCAAGAUGGGUACUCGUCCUCCUGCGAAAGCUGGUUCUUGGUAUGUGGGGCAGCCCGACGAGCUGGAAGAGGAGCUCGAUGAGUACCUCGCCAGUGUGCCUGAGCAGGUCGAUGGCUCGAAUCUACCGAUUCCAGGCGCCAGGGUCAUCAUUGCACCACACGCGGGCUUCACGUACUCCGGGCCCUGCGCCGCGUGGGCCUACAGCUGCCUCGACCUGAGCCAGGCCAAGAGGAUCUUCCUACUCGGCCCAUCUCACACCUACUACCUAGCUGGAUGUGCGGUCACAACAUUCGACAAGUACCACACCCCGUUUGGCGACUUGAAGGUGGACCGGGAUGCCAUCCAGCGCGUCAAGGAAGCAGGCCGGUUCGCCGACAUUCCUCCCAGGAAGGACAUUGCCGAGCAUUCGCUGGAAAUGCACACGCCAUACAUCUACAAGCGGCUGAAGCAGACCUUUGGCUCCGAGGCCAAGUUCCUGCCCAUCGUACCUGUGCUCAUUGGCGAUAACGACCUGGAAGCGGAGAAGCAGGCCGCCUCUGUCUUUGUAUCCUACAUGAAGGACCCCGAGAAUGUCUUUAUCAUCAGUUCCGACUUUUGCCACUGGGGAUCGAACUUCUCCUACACGGUGUACAGUCCCCAGAAUGACUGGCGGAAUCUCACACGCCUGAGGCCAGGGGACAGAGCACCAGCCGGGCCACCCAUCCACGAGACCAUCAGGCUGAUUGAUGAGGCGGCCAUGGACGCCGUCAAGGGUGGAAGUCAUGAUGAGUUUGUGGGCAACCUAGCGAAGACGGGCAACACUGUCUGUGGACGCCAUCCUAUCGGGGUUGCGAUGGCGGCCCUCGAGCAUAUCCGCGAAGAGGGCGCGACGCAGCAAGGCAAGUUCAAGGUUGUUCGGUACGAGAGGAGCACGUUGGUCAAGAGCCCGUCGGACUCAAGUGUGAGUUAUGUGUCUGCGUAUGCUGUGCUUUAAGCCGCCGAAUAGAGACGACACUGAACACAGCUUGGCUUGCCUUGCGUGCUAGACUCGGGCGACUAAGCAAGGUACGAUUCAUGUAGCGAGAGAGAGAUCGUGCUGUUGUACAACCCACUAUCAGUGGAGAAUAUGAGCACAUUGGCGCGAACCUUGAACCGUACGCGGGAAGUGGGCGCGACUAUUCCAACGCGAAGUUGCUGGAGCGAAAGCCGCUCGGGGAUAAAGUUGCGUAGGUAUUAAAAGGGUUAACUAAUGCGGACCAGAGCAGACAAUCGUCAGCCU